AAAUUUUCAGUUAAGAAAAAGGAACAGAGUGAAGAUGAUGAUAUACAGCACAAUCUGAAAAGAGCAAAGUGUUACAAAUAUCAGAACAGGAAGAGAUUCAUUUCUUCAAUUAGAAAAUUCAAUGAAAUCCAAGGAAAUAUUAAAAAGAAAUACUUGAAGGUUAUGUGCUCAUUUCAUUCUAAACAAAAUUUUACGUGUAAUUUAUGUACCCAGACUUUCAUAAAUUACAAAGUAUUAAGAGCCCAUCUAUUCUUUCAUAUUGGAAACAAACAAUUCUGCUGCACAAGCUGCAAUCAGAAGUUUUGGUGGGAAUUUCUUUUGCGAAGACACCAGAAAAAGCACAGCAAUGAAAAUCAAAUUGAAAUUAAUAGGAAAGUUCACUUACAGUCAUCUUCAAAAUGUCUUCUAGAACCUCUGGAACAGUGGAAACCCUUUCAAUGUGACAUUUGUGAUAAACGCGUUAUGACAAUGAGCCGAUUAAAGAUGCACCACAAAACACAUUUAUCUUAUAUUUGUAAGAUAUGUAAGAAAGAAUUUAAGUGGAAAUGUAAUUUGAGACGUCAUCUGGUAACGCAUAGUGAAGACCGACCUUUCAAAUGUGAUAUUUGUAAUAAGGGUUUUAAAACAAGAAAGGCUUUAAAAACUCAUAAUGAGACUCAUAGUGAAGAAUAUAAAUAUUCUUGUCACAUGUGUAACAGAAGUUUUAAAACAAAAUCCUGUUUGGCAAAUCAUAAACUCAUUCAUAAUGAUAAAAAUAAUUAUUUUUGUGAGAUUUGUAAAUCAAGUUUUAAAACGCAACGGAGUUUAAAGACUCAUGUUGAAACACACAGUGAUGAUUAUAAUUAUUAUUGCAAGAUCUGUAAAAGACGUUUUAAAACAAGGAACUGUUUAUAUGCUCAUAAAUUAGUACACAGCGAUAAACGUAAGUAUUUUUGUGAAAUAUGUGAGAAGAGUUUUAAACAUAAAAGUACAUUAGUAAGACAUAGCUCCAUUCAACAUGAAAAUAUGUAGGUAUGCAGAUUUUGUCAAGUUAUCUGAAAACUUGUAUUGAAAUGUGUAAUAUCUGUGUAGUUGAAGCAAUGAAAGACUAUCUUGCACUUCAUCAAUAUCAACUGUAUCAUCUGUCACCCUCAUUUCAUCUGUCAAUAUCAUCUGUCACCCUAUUUUAAAUGAGAUAGAGUGACAGAUGGAAUAAUGUGUGCAAAUUUGCUAAAUGUGCUGUAGGAAUUUUAUUAGUUGUAAUACUUCAUUUUCUUUGAAAAGAGCAUUUGUGUAAACAAAAGUGUACCUUUGCAACUUGGGGAUUUAAGUCAAUCAUAAAUUUUUAAAUCUA